GAUGAGCAUUGGACUGCUUUUAAUAUCGUUUGAGCAGUUUGACCUCUAACCCCUUCAUGGCAGUGCUGUGCCUGACCUCUAGUUGUGACCGGCAGCUCCUGCUCUGGACUCUCUCCACGGGGAUUCAAUGGAUAAAAGUCAGCAGGAGCAACAGGAGGAGGAUUAUGGCUAUGGGCUAUUUCCCGAACACAAAAGUAGCAAAGAAAAGAGGAGCAUGUUAGAGAAAAGCCUCUUUACCUUCAACCACAAAUGUCAGCUGAUGCUGAAGGUGGCUCUGCACACAAGCCCUUUUGCAAAACUACUUAUGGAUGCCAUGAAAAGUUCAGGAUGCACUGUUUAUACAGAUCGUCACUUUUCCUGUGAAGACUGUGAUGGAACAGUCAGUGGAGGCUUUGAUGCUGAAAUAUCGCAGAUCGUCUUAUGCCAGAAUAACAUCCAUCAGCAACAGCACAUGAACCGGGUGGUGACCCAUGAAUUAAUCCAUACGUUUGAUCACUGUCGUGCACAUGUAGAUUGGUUCCACAAUAUAAAACAUCUGGCCUGCUCGGAGAUCCGAGCUGCUAAUCUCAGUGGGGAGUGCACAUUUCAGAAUGAAUUGAGCAGAUUCAAUUUUGGUCUAAAGCAACAUCAUCAAAAAUGUGUCCGUGAAAGAGCUUGUCGUUCCAUUUUAGCUGUUCGCAAAGUCAGCCAAGAAACUGCAAAGAAAGCUGUUGAUGAUGUUUUUGAUAGCUGUUUUAAUGAUCAUGAACCUUUUGGAAGAAUUCCACACAAUAAAAAGGAUGCAAAGUAUGCCCACAGGGAUUUUCAGAACAGGAACAGAUUUUAUACAAAUCUUUAAAAAAAAUUGUGGUGUGGUGUCAUUUCAAUUAAUAAUCAACACAAUUAUAAAAUCCAUUGUAACUACAAAUAUUUCAUUUUCCUUGAACAUGACUUUUUUAAUCAGGUGGUUAAUAAAAUAAACAAAACUCUUG